AUGAGUGACGACAUUAUCCUCACAGCACUCGCUGGUGUGACAGAACGCCUGACGGUGCUCGAGUCUUCGCAGCGUGUGCGCGACGAAAAAGAGUGGAUGAUGGGGGCUGUCGAGAAAGGCAUGUUUGCGUCGAAGCUCGGCGCGAAGAUGCGCGGUCGACCGAUGACGAUCGACGCACAUGGGCCGCCAGGAGACCGCGCGUGCAUUGCGCGCCAGAUCUCGGUGUGUCCUACAAUGGGUCGCUCGAGCAGCCCGGUGGGUGCUUGA